UGACAGGGAGGCAGCGGCAGCGGCAGCAGCAGCAGCAGCAGCAGCGAUGGCUCACAGCUUCACUCAGGAGUAUUUUCAGAUCCCUGUGGUGACCAGAGCGUACACCACCGCCUGCGUCCUCACAACCGCUGCCGUGCAACUUGAUGUCAUCACCCCCUUUCAGCUCUACUUUAACCCAGACCUCAUCAUCAGAAGAUACCAGAUAUGGCGUCUGAUAACCAGCUUCCUCUUCUUUGGUUCUCUUGGAUUCAGUUUUGUGUUCAACAUCAUCUUUCUUUAUCGAUACUGUCGGAUGCUGGAGGAAGGAUGUUUCCGGGGACGGACGGCAGAUUUCGUUUUCAUGUUCAUGUUUGGAGGAAUCGCCAUGACUCUGUUCGGCCUGUUCGCCAACGUCUUCUUCCUGGGUCAGGCCUUCAUCAUCAUGCUGGUGUACGUGUGGAGUCGACGGCACCCGCUCAUACGCAUGAACUUCUUCGGCCUCCUGAACUUCCAGGCCCCGUUUCUCCCCUGGGUGCUCAUGGGAUUUUCGCUGCUGCUCGGAAACUCCAUCGUGGUCGACCUGCUAGGUAUCAGCGUCGGUCACAUGUACUACUUCCUGGAAGACGUGUUUCCAAACCUGCCGGGAGGAAGGAAGCUGCUGAUGACACCAGAACUUCUACGGGCCAUGUUUGACCGGCCGGACGACCCAGACUACCGUCCCCUCCUCCAGGAACAGCAGCAGGGUGGAGACCUGCGGCAGGACGAGGAGCCGCACAACUAACAAGCUGAGAGACAGAGGACGUGGAGCUACAGAGUCUGGACACAGAGAGACUGAGUCAGCAACAUAAACCGUUUUCAUUUCAAUAACGAAAUUUUUUUUUUUUAACUUUUUUUCCUCAGCUCUAAAAAGUCCAAAGGAUUCAGGGAGUUAAUGGCACAUUCACACAAAAA